CCGAAGUUUUCCGGGUCUGAGUUAGGGAAAGAGGACGAAACUUCUACAUUUUCAACGCCCAUAUCUCGUUAUAUGGGUCAGAUAACUGGAUUUUAUCGAGCUAUGUUUUGCUAAUCGAGAGCGGUCACUGCUGCAUUACACAAAAACAAACGCGUAUUUUUCGCUACAUUUAGGGACAGAAAGGUUUGUUUUUACUACGUUUUGUUUAUUUUAGGAGCUCAUAUCGCAUGUUAAUGGUGAUUAAAUUGUUGAUACCACGAUGGCAGUGAAGGCUCAGGUAUUAUAUGACUUCACCGCUGAGAGUGGCAACAAUGAGCUGACUGUUCAAGAAGGUGAAAUACUCACGAUCACUAACCAGAAUGUAGGCGGUGGCUGGGUAGAGGCUCGGAAUUCCAGAGGAAAUGUAGGCCUGGUGCCAGAGGACUAUAUUGAGAUCAACCAUGGUUCCACACAAGCAUCAGCGACACAGAACAUUGAUGCUCACAGCCAAGGUUACAACAACAGCUCAGCAAACACUCAGGGGGUUAAUGGAAAUGAGGCUUGGACUGCCACGACAUGGUCCAACAACAACCCUGCAGACAACUGGAACUGCACCGAACAGGAACCAGCAGGCAAUAAUGGUUCUGUCUAUUCGUUUGAUGAGGAAUGGGACGAUGAUUCCGAUGAUGGAAAGUCAACAGGCGGUUAUGGAGGUUCCCAGACGGAAGAGGGCGGAACGAUGCAGCGAGGCGGGGGUCACUCUACAAUGAAAAUAGCACUCAACAAGUUUCCAGGGUUCUCCAAGACUCCAAAUCCAGAGCUGUAUCUGCUUACCAAGCACAUAGCUAAAGGAAAUGACACACUGCCAAUUUAUGCAGGUGAGGUGGGUCCAGUAUGGCUGUAUCCACAAAUUCCAUUAGAUUGUGUAGUGGCUGAUCCCAAAAAGGGUUCAAAAAUGUAUGGCCUGAAGAGCUACAUUGAAUACCAGGUCACACCUAAUACUACUAACAGACCUGUCAAUCACAGAUACAAACACUUUGACUGGUUAUAUGAAAGGCUUGUGGAUAAGUUUGCUUGUGCUCUACCCAUCCCAUGUUUGCCUGACAAACAAGUUACAGGCCGAUUUGAAGAGGAAUUUAUCAAAGUUCGCAUGGAACGCCUGCAGGGAUGGAUGUCCCGCAUGUGCCGACAUCCGGUGAUCUCAAACAGUGAAGUUUUCCAGCUCUUCCUUAACUACAGAGACGAGAAGGAGUGGAAACUAGGGAAGCGGAAAGCAGAGAAAGAUGAAACGGUGGGAGUGAAAAUCUUCUCCACCAUAGAUCCAGAACUGCUAGAGAUAGAUCCUACUCAAGUGGAGCAGAAGUUUGAAACGUACAGCCAGUUUAGUAGAUCUAUGGACAACAGUGUUAAGGAACUACUGGCUGUUGGGAAUCUUCACUGGAAGAGAUGUACAGGCCCAUUGCAAAAGGAGUAUCGGCAGAUUGGAAAAGCAUUUCAGAACCUGUCAUCAGUUUUCAACACCAGUGGAUACCAGAGGGAAUCAACUCUGACAGAGGCAUUAACUGCAACAGGGAAAACAUAUGAAGAAAUAGCAGAAAUGGUUGCAGCACAGCCAAAAAAAGAUCUACACUUCCUGUUGGAAACAAACAACGAAUACAAGGGACUACUGGGCUGCUUCCCUGACACAAUAGGAGUUCACAAGGCUGCCAUUGAUAAAGUGAAAGAGGCUGAUCAUUUGGUGGCAAUGAAUAAAAUCAGCCAACAAGAUAAACAAACAAUGGAAAAGAAUCUCAGCACCAUGUCUUAUGCAUUGCAAGCGGAGAUGAAUCACUUCCAUAGCAACCGUAUCUAUGACUACAACAGACUCAUGCAAUUCUACCUGGAGGAACAGGUGAAAUUCUAUGAAACGAUUGCUGAAAAGCUGAAGAAAGCGCUCGGUCAGUAUACCACCAUGUGAGGACACACUCUAUAAACAGAAAUACUCAUCAAACUGUGGAACAUCAAGAGAAGAUGCUGCUUUUGCUUUUUUCAUGCUAGUUCACAAUUAACCAUGUUUUUACGGAGCCCCUAAAGGGACGCGUGAAUGAAAAAAAUAUGAGAUAGGAGGAAGAAUUAUGUCAUUG